AUGCAUGCGUUCGAAGGUGCAAGGGGCCUCGUUCGCAUCAGCUCUCGAAUCGACGCAAUGCGCAUGCGCCAUCAUCAGCUGCACGCCCGCUGGGAUCUGCGUCCUGCUGCUGCUGCCGCUGUCGCUGCUGCAGCCGUCGUCGUUGCAACCAGCGUGCCCAGCCACGCCGGCAGGCGCGCCCAGAUCGCAGCGCAUGCGCACUUGCCUCACCUAGCGCCCAACCUUGAGCCAGAUUCGCGCCGGUCUUUGCCUUGCACUGUGCCCGUGCCCGUGCUGCCUGCUCGCUGCUCCACGUCGUCCCCCGCACCACCGCCGUUCCUUCUUACCCAUCCAUCGCUCUUCCUCCCCUCUCUUCCUUUCGUAUCCAACACCAACUUACUUUUGCCCAUCAUGUCCAAGGUUACUGCCAGCGGCAUCAUCGCCGGAAACAUCUCCACCCAGCGCGUCAAGCUCAACAACGGCGUCGAGAUCCCCCAGGUCGCCCUGGGUGUCUACAAGGCCCCCAACGAUGGCUCCACCGAGAACGCCUGCAAGUGGGCCUUUGACGCCGGCUACCGCCACAUCGACUCGGCUGCCCGCUACAUGAACGAGGAGUCCGUCGGCCGCGCCCUCGCCGAGUGGACCCAGGCCAACAACGUGCCCCGCUCCGAGAUCUUCAUCACCUCGAAGCUCUGGGACGCUGACCACGACAAGGCCGCCGCCGCCGUCGAGGACUCGCUCAAGAAGCUCCAGGUCGAGUACAUGGACAUGUACCUCAUGCACUCGCCCGGUACCAUGGGCCCCGAGAAGCGUCUCGAGGCCUGGAAGGCCCUCGAGGAGGCCGUCGACGCCGGCAAGAUCAAGACCAUCGGCGUCUCCAACUUUGACGUCGAGGACCUCGACCACCUGCUCGCCAACUGCCGCAUCAAGCCCGCCGUCAACCAGAUCGAGUCGCACCCCUUCUUCGCCCACGAGGAGCUCCGCGAGGCUUGCAUCGAGCGCGGCAUCCACAUCCAGGCCUACUCGCCCAUGGCUCAGGGCCAGGCGCUCGACCGCCCCGAGAUCAAGGCCAUCGCCACCAAGCACGGCAAGACCCCCGCACAGAUUCUGCUCAAGUGGGGUCUGGCGCAUGGAAACAUCAUCCUUCCCAAGAGUCUUACGAAGCACCGCAUCGAGUCGAACGCUCAGCUUUUCGACUUCCAGCUCGACAACGACGACAUGGAUGCUCUCGAUGGAUUGGAUGAAGGUCUGAAGGUCGGAAAGCUCGGCCCCCCCGGCACUUCGCAGCCCGCUUCGCCUGGAGGCACCCGCCCUGGCUCUCGCCGCUCUUCCGGCUCCGGUGGCCUGUCUGGCAACAAGCUCCAGAUGUCGUCGUCGUGA